GUGACAAUAAAGUAGAGCAAUGGAAAGACAACUGGAGUUAGCUCUAGGAUACUGUUUCGGCUACCAAUUUCCCGUUCUCCGUUAAUAGCCAUCGUUUUUCCUCGGUUUUUUUUUGUCAAAUUUUUUUGCGGGCCUGAUUUCCCAGCCUCAGUAUCACAUUCUUCCUCAAAUUUAUUCCCCGAUUGCACUUGGUGCUUGUUUUCUACAGCUUCCCCAAACUUCUGAGCACUUCUCAUUCAGCAAAGGAACAUUGUUACUACCUUACCUGCGCAUUCAACCACCAAUCGCCACCGCCGUUCUGAAGUUUUGGUUUCCGUAAUUCGCAAUCUCAAGUCCUCGUAUAAGGGCGUGGGAACAUGCCCCGUAAAGUGGAAUACGGAGUUGGGUAUGACGACGACGACUAUGGCAUUCAUGAAGACUUUGACUAUGACUAUGACUAUGCAGAUGAUGAUUAUUAUGAUUAUGAACGGGAAGAAACUGAGAGAGCAUCCAUGACAAAAGCGAAACAAGAGUCCAGCAAUGCUGGGGUCUGGCGCUGCCCAAUUUGUACCUACGAUAAUGAAGAUAAUCUUUCAGCAUGUGAAAUAUGUGGGGUUUUACGCCAUCCUUUGGUGAAGGUCGAUACUAAAAGCAUUACUCCUGCAGAUAAUUUCCAUGCAGUGGGUGGCAUAUGCAAAGAUUCUGGAGCAUCAGUGAUGGCCAAGUCUCUUUUUGCAUCACUGCCACAACAUAUGGCCAAAAAGUGUAUAAUCUUUGAAGCGCAGAAUGAUAUUUCUUCCAGAGAUGACUACUCCAAACUCGGAAAUAUCCGUGCCACUUUUCAAGAACUUAAUAGUGCUUUUAGUUCUCAAAAUCAUCGCAAACUAAAUAUAGCCCCAUUCAAAUUUGAUGCCCCCUCUCCGGAUGAUUUGGUAACUAGUGGAUUGCGAUCAGUAAAAUUGAAAUCCAAAGGUGAUGCUACUAGGGAUAAAACGAUUAAUAUUGUAAUUGAACCAGAGUUGGGUUCAGAGCCUUCUCCAGCAUCAGCGAUAAGAGAGAGAUACGUUGGAGUUACUGAAAAUGAUUCCGCUUCAUGCAGUGAAAAGAAACCAGAAGUCUUUGGUAAUACUUUGAAUUCAGAGUCUUCAUCUUUCAAGACCACUGAAGAAGAAAUUACCCAUGAUGGUAAAGCGGCACCAGUCUCUGAGUAUAUUCCUGAGGCAUGGAUGAUUCCAAGCAAAGUAGAUGUUGAAUUGAGUCAACUAAAUGUUGCAAUUGUUGGCCAUGUUGAUUCAGGGAAAUCAACACUUUCAGGAAGGUUAUUGCAUCUUUUGGGACAUAUAUCUCGGAAAGAGAUGCACAAGUAUGAAAAAGAAGCUAAACAACAAGGAAAAGGAUCAUUUUCUUAUGCGUGGGCAUUGGAUGAAAGUAUUGAGGAAAGGGAAAGGGGUGUCACUAUGAAUGUGGGUGUUGCUUUUUUCACUUCUAGAAAAUUUCGAGUUGUGCUGCUCGAUUCACCUGGACACAGGGAUUUUGUUCCUAACAUGAUUUCUGGAGCAUCACAAGCAGAUGCUGCAAUUAUAGUUAUUGACGCUUCAAUGGGUUCAUUCGAAGUAGGCAUAGAUGCUGUUGGAGGGCAAACGAAGGAACAUGCACAGCUGGUUAGGAGCUUCGGAGUUGACCAGAUUAUUGUUGUUGUAAACAAAAUGGAUAUGGUGGAAUACUCUCAGCAAAGAUUUGAUGACGUCAAGCAGAAGUUAGGAACAUUUCUCCGAUCUUGUGGUUUUAAAAGUUCUUCGAUAUCAUGGAUUCCUGUAAGUGCCAUGGAGAACCAAAACUUGGUAGCAAAACCGUCUGAUGUCCGGCUCUCCUGGUUUAAUGGACCUUAUCUUUUGGAUGCAAUAGAUUCUCUGCAACUUCCUGAAAGGGAUUUUUCCAAGCCUCUACUGAUGCCUAUAUGUGAUUUGUUAAAGUCACAAUCACAAGGUCAAGUAUCUGUAUGUGGGAAGUUGGAAUGUGGGGCUAUUCGAACGGGAUUCAAGCCUUGUGACGUGGCAAGAGCCGGUGACAAUGUGACAGUAAAUCUGCAAGGUAUUGAGGCCAAUCGUGUGACAGCUGGCGGCGUGAUAUGCCACCCCAAUUACCCGGUUCAAGUUGCAAACCGCUUGGAACUGAAAAUCCUUGUCCUGGAGGCGAUCUCAACCCCAAUAGUGAUUGGUUCUCAGUUUGAAUUUCACAUACACCACGCAAAGGAGGCUGCGAGGGUCGUUAAAAUGUCGUCUCUGCUUGAUCCGAAGACAGGAAAAAUGACAAAAAAGUCCCCGAGAUGUUUAUUGGCCAAGCAGAAUGCAAUUAUUGAGGUUGUUCUGGAAGGCCCAGUUUGUGUGGAAGAGUACAGCAGAUGUAGAAGUCUGGGAAGAGUGUUCCUUAGAUCAUCAGGAAGAACCAUUGCCUUAGGUAUUGUGACUGGAAUAAUCUCCGAAAUCUAGGGCCGGUGGAUUGUAACUUACCAUUUUUCAGGAUUUGGUGGGAAAUUGAUUUUUGUAGGAUUAAUUAGCUUUACAUGUAAUUCUAGCUCUCAUCCUGUCAUGUUUUUUCUGAAAGGAAAAAAAAAGAUUAAAAUCUCUAUGAUGACCCUAUUCAGAUUAUAUAAUAUGGCGCUUGUUUUGGAGAUGCUAUCCUUUAAAAGCAUUUUGGAGAAGUGUGAAAUGGCAAUUCCCCCGCCUUCAUUUACAUUUCCAUCUCCAUCUCUAGUGUAGUGUUGUAUCCUUUCUCCACGUUGGAGUAGUGGCAAUUUCCUUAUUCAAUAAAGCGUUCCUAACUCUACGGUGGAGUAGUGACAAUUUUCUUCUCC